AUGCGUCACUCUUUGCAACGUCGCCAUCACGCUCGCAACGAAACGCUCUCCCGUCACCCUUCCUCUCUCCCGUCGCGUUCCUCUCUCCUAUCACCUUUCCUCUCUCCCGUCGCGUUCCUCUCUCUUUUCGCCCUUCCUCUCUCCCGUCUCGUUCCUCUCUCUUAUCGCCUUUCCUCUCUUCUGUCGCGUUCCUCUCUCUUAUGGCCUUUCCUUUCUGCCGCCGACUUUCCACUCUCCCGUCGCCUUCCUCUCUCCCUUCGCCCUUCCUCUCUCCCGUCGUCCUUCCUCUCUCCCAUCGUCUUCCUCUCUCCCGUCGCCUUGCUCUCUCCCCUCCCUUUCCGUCGCCCUCGCUCUCUAUCUACUGACACUCUCUCCCCUCCCUUUUCGUCGCCCUCACGUUCUCCUCUCCCUUUUCGUUGCCCUCGCUCUCUCCCCUCCCUUCGCGACGCCCUCGCUAUCUCCCCUCCCUUUGCAUCGCCCUCGCUCUCUCCCCUCCCUCUCCGUCGCCCUCACGUUCUCCUCUCAUCCCACCAACACCAAUGA